CGCAGCGCGCAGGCGCAACAGAGAGCCACCUGCGCAGGCGCAGGGCGGCCGAGGCGGUCCCACUCCACCGCCCCCGAGCACGGGCGCGCGCGUGCCAUGGAACAGAGGUUAGCCGAGUUCCGGGAGGCCCGCAAACGGGCCGGGCUGGUGGCUCAGGGCGAGCAGACCUCGGCAGAGAAGGCGGUCCCAGCGGCGGCGACCGCAAAGGCAGCCCCGGGCUGGCUGAGACGCUUCCUGACGUGGAAAGCGAGCCCCGGCGUUCCGCCGGCCCGGCCCAACCAGGCUCAGGAAGCAGCCCAGCAGCCCCCACAGAGUGCAGCGGUCCCUCUGAUCUCGCCCCGACGCCAGUCUCUCCUGACCAACAUCACCUUCUUGAAGGUUCUCCUCUGGCUGGUCCUGCUGGGUCUGUUUGUGGAACUGGAGUUUGGCCUGGCUUAUUUUGUCCUGUCUAUGUUCUAUUGGAUGUACGUGGGGACUCGGGGUCCCGAGGAGAAGACAGCGGGAGAGAAGAGUGCCUACUCUGUGUUCAACCCCGGCUGUGAAGCCAUCCAGGGCACCCUGACUGCAGAACAGCUGGAGCGUGAGUUACAGCUCAGGCCCCCACAGGGGAGGUAGGACCCACCUCGGCUGCUCCUCCUAGCCUUGAACGUGGACUCUGGAGGACAAAGGACCGUUUACAGGGUGGCUGGCGUGUGACGGCCACAGCCUCUACUUUCCCCUCAUCUGCUGCAGGUUCGAUUUUGGACUCCUCGUUGGUUUAGGUGAAGUUUUCUAAAUGACAUUGCUGUGGAGCUGAUGCGGUUUAUAAAAGCUGUGUAAGAA